ACGGUUCGCUGCUGCAUAAAUUUUUCUUCUUCUGUCUAUAAAAACCGUCUCUUAUUUCACCGUUUGAACUCUCCCUUUUUUUGCAGAAAUCGAGUAGGAGGAUCUCUGAGGGAUUUGGUUAGGGAUAUGGCAUCCAAGCGGAUUCUGAAAGAGCUCAAGGAUCUCCAGAAAGAUCCUCCUACCUCUUGCAGCGCUGGCCCAGUUGCUGAAGAUAUGUUUCACUGGCAAGCAACACUUAUGGGUCCAUCUGACAGUCCUUAUGCUGGCGGAGUGUUUCUUGUUACCAUUCAUUUUCCACCUGAUUAUCCAUUUAAGCCUCCAAAGGUAGCUUUUAGGACAAAGGUUUUUCACCCAAACAUCAACAGCAAUGGUAGCAUUUGCCUCGACAUUUUGAAGGAACAGUGGAGCCCGGCACUCACAAUAUCCAAGGUGUUGCUUUCUAUCUGUUCUCUUCUAACAGACCCUAAUCCUGAUGAUCCUUUGGUGCCCGAGAUUGCUCAUAUGUACAAGACUGAUAAAAGCAAGUAUGAAGCCACUGCUCGGAGCUGGACUCAAAAAUAUGCCAUGGGUUAGUUGCUGAAACACAAGUAUUUGGUUUUUAUCUAUGAUGUAUUAAGAAAUUGUGUUAUGCAUAAUUAACUCAAGGGAAAGGUUGAAUUGUGGCCUCUGUAAAACACUUAAUUUUCCUUAUGUUAGUAAGAUUAAAUGGUUUUGAAAUUC